AUGGCGAGUAAUUCUACAAUAAUUGACGCGAAAAACGAACAAGCGGAAAUAGCCACUAUUUCCCCCUCUAAAACCUCUUCCGCCUCUACCUCUUCCUUUACCACAACCAAUUAUAAAGAUAAUAAUGACACCAUUUCUAAAGAAACGUCAAAUUCUCCCUUGUCUACUUACUCAUUUCAAGUUUCAAAGAAAAAACGAGGUAGAAAGAAGAAAGUAAAGAGUGAAGAGUCUGACUUUGAGCCUCCAAAGAAAAAGCGAGGUAGAAAGAAGAAAGUAGAAAAUGAAGAGUCUGACUUUGAGCCACCAAAGAAAAAGCGAGGUAGAAAGAAGAAAGUAACGAAUGAAGGAGAGUCGAAUUCUGAGCUACCAAAGAAAAAACGAGGUAGAAAGAAGAAAGUAGAGGGAACGUCACAAGAUAAGUCAAUUGUAAAAUGGAUCAAUGGAAUAUUCAAAGAUUUGAGAAUCUUUAUAGUGCCACAAAAUAUUGACAGAGUGAGAUUGGAACUUUUGAAAACGAGAAUCAAGGAAAGAGGGGGAUCGGUAUUGGAAGUAUUCAUUAUUCAUGAUGUGACCCAUAUCAUUACGGAGUUGAAGGGGAAGAAAUUAAUUCAUGCUUUGAAUAUCAAUAAAAUGGACGAAUUAUUGCAGUUGUCAACGCGAAUUGGAUUUCGGAUUCAAUCAUGGUAUUUGUUACUUGUCGGUUCUGCGACUGUUUGUAUUAUUUUGACCAAAUACAUUAUUGGACUAACUAUCAGUGAACAGUAUGACAGGCUUGUAGAGAUUGAUAAUUAUGUUGUCCAUUUAAAUGGCACAAAAUCACACGAAGCUGUCAUCAGUCGAAAACUCGAUGAAAAAGACGCGACUACAGCAACUACUUAUACUACCACCAACAACGAUGAAACAUCCGCAAAAAAUUAUAGUUGCUGUUCAGAUUCCGAAAUAAGUUUUUUGAACAUUACCAAGACUUCUUAUAAUAACGACGAUAACAAAUUGGUAAACGCUUCCCAAGAUCCCUUAAAGGAGAUUAUUGCAGAAGCGAGGCAUCUUACUGAAGAGGGAAUCUAUUCGGAUGAAGAAGAUGAAGCUUAUGAUCAAGAAGAGUCGAGUGUAUCAAGCUCAUCUGCCCGACCUUUAGAUUCAGCAAAUGAAGAGAAAACGUUGGGAUCACAUGUUAAUGUUAAUAAUAUUCCUCCGAAAAAUCCAGUUUCACCAAUAAGUAAAACAGGCGAGGGAGAAAUUUUCCGCUUAAAAACAAUACACACAUAUGGAGAAAUUGACGAAAAUCCGAAUAAAUUAAUUAUCGAUAAGCUUAAUUUGAUAUUGGAGUACUAUCAGAAAACAAGCAAAGAUCAAUGGCGAAUUUUGGCUUAUCGUAAAGCUAUAUCUGCAUUGAAAAAACAGGAAAAACCUAUAACUACUUUUGAGGAAGCUAAAAAAAUUCCUGGGAUUGGAGAUUGCACUGCAAAGAAAAUCGCGGAAAUUAUUGAAACAGGUCAUCUCAAAAGGUUAGAUAAUUUUGGAGAAGCUGAACCUGUCUUGACGAUGUUUACGAAAAUUCACG